AUGAACGAAAACUUCAUUAUCCACCCGUUAAGGCCUGAGUAUCAUCGCUUGCAGAGUUCCGGGGGAACUGGCAGCUCGGCUGGUGGAGAAACGGAAUUCGAUGACAGCCAGGUGCUACGUCAGACUUUCAUGGUGUAUUUGCCUAUACUGGUAGUUGUAGUAUUGUUGUUCUCACUGAUACGCCGAAAAUAUCGCCGCGCAUUCAACGUUCGUAGCUGGCUGGAUCCAAUUAAGACACCGCUUGCAUAUAACCAGUACGGGUUCUUUUCCUGGUUUUGGAAGCUGAAAAGCAUUUCUGAUGACAAGCUCAUGGAUGAGUGCGGAAUGGAUGCUUUGUGCUUUGUCAGAGUACUGCGAAUGGGUUUCAAAAUAAGCCUUUUGGGCGUGCUUUGCUCGGCCGUGCUCAUGCCGUUAUAUGCCACCGCUGACGACUCGCAAAACACACGCUCUAUCACCGAUAAUAUUGCACAGCUAACCAUAAGCCAUGUUCCUGAAGGAUCUCCACGGCUUUUGGGGGCGGUUAUAGCUGCUUGGAUUAUUUUCGGAUACACAAUGCGAUUGAUAUUGAAAGAAUUCGUUUGGUUCAUUGAAAAACGACACAAGUUUCUUGCCACCAUCCGGCCUCGCAAUUACGCGGUUUACGUGCGAAAUAUACCAAACGAACUUCGAUCUGAUGCCGAGUUAGAAAACUUCUUUCGUCAGUGCUUUCAAAGCGAAUCCAUAUUAGAAGGGAACGUGGCGCUUAAAGUUCCUGAAUUGUCGAAACUUGUGGCCCAGCGCGAAGCUGCAAUUACCAAAUUCGAGCACGCUGUGGCAGUUGAAGACCGCACGGGCGAAAAGCCACAGCACGCUCCUUCUCUCGCGUCGGCAAUCAGAGGUUCACUAAAGGGGGGAGGAGAAAAGGUGGACUCUAUAAAUUAUUUUGCAUCAGAAAUCAAGGAAUUAAAUCAAGUCAUUUCGAAACACAUUGAUGAUCUAAACGAAAACAAGACUUGCUUCUCGCAUGAUGUGGAGCAGCCACAUGCUUCGGGCUCAAACAGACAGAUAAGUAAUGGGGUACGAAAAACCAGAAGCGAUUCAGAAAACGAAAGGUAUGGUAAUAUGGAAAGAACGGGUCUCCUUUCUGUAUCGGAAGGCCGUAGCGACCACAGCGUCAAGGAGGAUUGCUCUACUUCCCCACGAAAUGACAUUGACACCCCGAAUGGAGACCCGGGCAAAAUAGAAACGGCCGAGAAUGCAGGAUACAAUGCCUAUCGCGCAACCAACGACGCGACUCCUGGAGACUCAGAAGGAAAAACAAAUCCUGGUAUCGUCUUGAAAAACGCCACCAAGAAAUGUAGAGAAUCUGCUUCAUCCAUUGGAGGUGCUGUCAAAGACUCUGCCAAGGCAGUGGCGGAAAACUCUACAAGUUUGUUAAAGAGCGCGGAAGAUGGCAAACCCGAAAGCGCCGGAUUUUUGUCCUUUCGCAGUCUCCGUUCAACUCACGCUGCCCUGCAGCUGAUACAUCAUGGCACUCCUUUUACCAUGGAGGUCCAGGAAGCGCCAGCACCAGAUGAUGUUUUUUGGUUCAACGUUGGUCGCGGACAUAAGGAGCUGCAAGUAGGUCGACUUAUGUCGUUCGCAGCAACUGCUGUUCUUUGCCUCUUCUGGACAAUCCCAGUUAGCUUUGUUGCGUCGCUGUCUACCAUCGAAUCUCUGCGAGCAGAAGUUGGUUUUGUCGACGAUCUACUUGAUACGCUUCCAUUCCUUGCUCCAUUCUUUGAGAUUGCAGCGCCGCUACUUCUUGUUGUCGUAAAUGCGCUGCUCCCGAUGAUUUUGAGAGUGUUUUCCAUGAUGGAAGGUCCAGUCUCUGGAGCUGUUGUGGAGGCCUCCCUAUUCACCAAGCUCGCCGCCUUCAUGAUUAUUCAGACGUUUUUCGUAAGCGCAAUAUCAGGUGGAUUAUUGCAGGAACUCUCAUCACUGGUCCAAAGUCCCACAUCAAUAGUUGAUUUGCUCUCCACGUCACUGCCUGCGCAGGCGACGUACUUCAUUCAAAUUAUCUUUGUAACAACGGUAUUUUCUUGUGGAAUGGAAAUUCUCCGUGUUGUGCCACUACUCAAAGCAAUGCUGCGUAGAUUCCUUGGACCUCGACUCACAGAAAGAGAGCGACAACAACCCUUUCUCACGCUUCGACCGUUAUCAAACCCUCUUGACUUCGAACAUGCUGGAUUCUCUUCAAAUAUAGUGUUAUACUAUAUCGUCUUUUUGGUAUAUUCCGUGAUCUCGCCGCUGACAAGCAUCGUUGUUGCAUUUUGCUUCGCGUUCAUGGAUUCAAUUUUUUGCCAUCAAUUUGUAUACAUUUACCCCAACCGUUCUGAUUCAGGAGGAAAGCUGUGGCUGAACUUUAUGCGGGUUCUAAUUGCCUGUAUGUUCGUAGCUGAGUUUACAAUUGUCGGCCUUUUGGCGUUGAAGAGAGCGCCCAUAGCCACUCCGCUCAUGGUCCCAUUGAUUGUAGUUACAGCGCUGUUUUCAGUAUACAUCAACGAACAGCAUUUCAAGGUGACAAAAAAUCAACACAGUUCAACUUUCGAUUCCGCUUUUCUUAAAGACGCGUAUCUGCAACCCGAAUUACAAACCAAAGAAGCAAGAUUUGGUUUCGCCCGACUGUAA